AAAAAACUUUGCAAAGAUGGCGGACUCGAAGGAGUCUUCAAAUUCUUUGGUUAUUAACGGCGAAAACGAAGCGAACGAAGGCAAUGUUCAAUAUAGCCGUGCAUUUUUGCGUGAACGCUUUCUCCGUGCGCUAUUUGCCGUGUCGAACAAACCGUCUACGUUUCGUAUGUACGAAAAAACUGUCGUGUGUGCAACGUUUCGUUCUACCGAUAUAGAGACAACCGCUUUUCAAGUUUCAAAUUUGGUGACACCUAUGGGAGUCUUGCCCGAAGCAUUGAUCAGGACUUCAGAUGUUUUGACUAUUACUGUGGCUACGAAUUGUGAAGAACAGAUCGGUACUGUGUACUAAGAGCAGUUUGAAUUUAUAUGUAAUGCUGUACUAAUGCACCAGGCAAAAAGCAAAAAAAUAUGUGAAAAUCGACGCAAUAAUGACAUUCGUCAACCGUGACAGUAAAAUGACAUUUGUCAAACGUAACAGGAAUGAAUACUAAAGUCUAACUUCUCAUACAAUGAUUUGCAAAUAUCACAAAGUACUCACCAUGUUCCUAGG